UGGAUCGUAAUCUUUGUUAUUCAGGAAUUCAACGUCUGGCACAAAAGUUGGUCUAUUCGACUAUUACCAUAUCAUCUUACACUCCGAGCCCGAUUAUCAUAGCCAGCUGUUUUCAUUCAUCUACUGCUUGGCUUUCUACGAGCGCGUACGCCGUUCAAGCAUCUACAACUACACAUGCCUUCAAGGCGUUCAAAUCCGACAAUGAAAUCACCUGGUCUAUCACCUAUGUACCCAAUACAGACAGACCCGACCCGCAAACUCCGACACAUCCUAAUGCGACAGGAAAUGUUGGACAGUGAUAACUUUUGGCAGAGGCGCAAAGCCAGCGCUAUACACGACUCUAAUAUCACGGAAUCUGCCACGUACCUUCGCGAACGUUCUCAGAGUGCUACGAGGCCGUCAAAACAAUCGAUGGAGCCUCUUCCAGAUUGUUAUACAUUGCUGCCCUUCUUAACAACUAAGGAACUAUGGGAUCAGCACCUGUCUAGCCCUACACGCGAGACACAAGAUAUUGUCUCUAAAUUCUGCCGGACCGUCCGCGAACGCUAUCUCACUACAAAUCGAAAAUCGCUCAAUCAACGUCCGGUCAACAGAUGUACCUUCGCACCGUAUAACUGUGGGAGAACAGAAGUGAUCAUGGAGAAUAGAAGACAGAAGAUUUGCCCCUUUCAAAUAUCCGGGCAGAUUGAGCCAGUGAUGCCCAAUCUUGGAUUCGUCGGGGAAGACGCCAGUCUAUUCAAAGACAUGCAGCGCAUAAAAGCUCGGCCACCAAGCCGGGUUUUGUACAAAGCAGAAGAGUGCAGUGAUGACGCAAAGAAGUGCUCUCAUUCUCUAGACACAAAGUCUCUUCCUGUAAACGAUCAACCCCAUCUCUUCGAAGCACAAUACAUUGGCCCUAUCGCACGCCCAGAUGUUUCGUCGAAUCCACCUUUGCAACUACCGCCAUCACUAGAGGGGGCCAAUGCACAGAACACUCAGCCGGUACUUCAAGGCCUCGGAACAAAUUCGACUCCGAUUUGGCAAAUAUACAGCCAGAAUCGUACACAUGAUGCGCCUCGAAUAUCAUUCCCAAGUCAAGCUCAGCCUGCAGCCACUCGUAGACAAGAUAAUAAAAUUACCUUUACGGACACACGCAGUUUCGAUAUCUGGCAUCGAUCCCAGAAACGGCAACCACGAGCCUACCAUCCUAAUCUAAAAUUUACACAGGCACUGAAUGUUACUCACGAUACCAAUGCAUUAAAUCCAAAUGACUGUAACGUACGUGCAGAGCGAGAACACGAACGACCCACCGACGACAAGCCCUGA